GAGUUUGCAGAGUCAGAUAACUGCUAUUCGUUCUUCACCUCGUCAAUUUAUAUGUUUCACGUAUCCCUCAGAGCACUCUGAACUAACUUGCGGAACCGAAAAGUAAAACAUGAUCAAUUAGUCGUUAAUUGUUGAGUGAUAGUGCUAAUUAAUACUUUAUUAUACGAGAUGAUUUAUUGAAUCUGUGAUAGUUUUAGUAUUAACAAUCAUGUCUGAUCACGAGCUAACCGAAGAUGACCACGAAAUAAACGUGUUAGAUACGGACUCUAGAUUGUCUCAUAGUGACAGUGAAGCGAGGAGCUCCAGAAGCCACUGCAGUAGUCCAGAUAAUGUCACUACUUCCCAUCAUGGUUCCUCGAAUGCUUUACCCUUCAGUAUUUCCAACUUGUUGGGCAAAAAUUUCGAACAAAAAUCCGAAAAUGACUCGGGGUCGUUAUACCAAAAUCCGGCGGGAAUUUUUCAACACCGCAGUGCUCUCGGAUUGGUUCCGUCGGGUUUUUACGGACAUGGUGUUCUUCGGGUACCUGCACAUCGGCCUCUAGGGGGUCCUGGGAGUCCCCCAGGACCGAUGUUCAAUCCGUGGUCUCUUGGACUUGACCCAGUGUUGCAGAGAUCUGCAGCAGCUGCAGCUUUCGCCACGCAAGUUGUUAAAGAUAGAUUGGCAGCAUCUUUCCCUAUGACGAGGCGGAUAGGACACCCUUACCAAAACAGGACACCCCCUAAGAGGAAGAAGCCUAGAACUUCAUUCACAAGACUGCAAAUUGCCGAGUUAGAGAAGAGGUUUCACAAACAGAAGUAUCUGGCGUCGGCGGAAAGAGCGUCUUUAGCGAAAACGUUGAAAAUGACAGACGCUCAAGUUAAAACGUGGUUUCAAAAUAGGAGGACGAAAUGGAGGAGGCAAACAGCAGAAGAACGCGAGGCAGAGCGACAAGCUGCUAAUAGACUGAUGCUAUCCCUUCAGGCGGAAGCUCUGAGUAAAGGCUACAUGAACGAGGGAGCAGCUUCCCAGGCAGGACCUGGUGACACCGCUCUCAGCGCUUUGCAGAAUCUUCAACCAUGGGCGGGUCCUUAUAAUGGUCCCCAGCCAGGCCUAGCGGAAUCCAUUUGUUAGGAAUUCUUCGAAAGAAACUCGUGCAAUAUUAAAGCUGUUCGCAAAAAGCCCAGAAAUUUCAGAAGAGAUGAAUACUGAAAGACAAAG